AUGGCAGAUGCCGUUCCUCCUAUCGUCGGAGUUGUCGGUGUCGGAACAAUCGGCUCCGCCGUGGUGCGAGGCCUUUGCAAGUCUGGUCCCGAGACGCCCCCAAAAGGUCUUCGGGCCGUCGUGCUUUCACCGCGAGGCACUGCCAAAGCUGAGGCCUUGCGAUCAGAGUUCCCCAAGAUCGUCCGUGUCGCUUCCAGCAACCGUGAGGUCGUUGAGGAAGCAGAUUGUGUCCUUGUUUCCGUGCUUCCGCAACAGGCAGAAAUGGUACUGCAGGACUUGGCUUUUCGGCCUGACCAGGAGGUGAUCUCACUGGUGGCAGGCCUGUCCGUCCAGAAGCUCCGGGACCUUUGUGCGCCCGCCCGCAGCGUCUCGAUCGCCAUCCCUUUCCCUUCGGUGGCCAAGCAAAGCGGGGCCGCCCUGCUCCUACAGCCAGGGCCUGGAGCGCGAGCUGUGUUCCGGCUGGUGGGCCGCCACGUCGCUGUCGAGGAUUCGGAGCACUUCAGGCGCCUGAUGUGCGUCUCUGGCCUCAUGGGCAACUUCUACAAGCAGCAGCUCACUGCCCAGGAGCAGCGUCACUGUGUCACCGUCUUAGUCUUAGAGUGGUUGGAAGAGGGUGGAGUCCCAGCAGACACUGCAGCCGCCUGGACUUCGGCCGCCUUCGGCGCCUUCGCUGCAGACAGCGCCGGAGCCACGCCGCACACAUUUGCAGAGCUGCUUGCGGAGCAGACGGCUGGGGGCCUCAAUGAGAAAGUCUGGCAGCUGAUGGAAGAGGACGGGAACAACGAUGCGCUGCGCCACGUGUUGGAGGCUGUGCACCACCGCCUCCAACAUGGUGCUUUCGACGCCUCCUUGGCACCCAAAGUGCAGCGAGCGCUCGGUGUUCAGGAGCAGGUGCCAGCAUCUUUCAUGGCGCUUUUCACGGCAUGGCUCUCCGUUUGGCGGCGGUGGCGACGGCGCCGGUCUGCUCUGUGA